AACUUCCGAGGAGGCCCAGAUCCCUCCCUCCCGGCCGGGCGGGCAGGGCGGCGCGGGUGGGGCGGCUCGGCGGCCGGGCCUGCGCGGGGGACUGCCGGCCGGCGCCUGCGACCCGGAGGGGACUCUUGGGCCGAGACAGCAUGUGACACUGACCAGGAUUCAGCCCUGAUUGAGAAUGAGGAGCCCCAACAUAGAGCCUUGACUUCCAUCCCUGACAUAGAGGAAUUCAGUCUUAUCCCUGAAGCUCUCAUGAGAAGCAGCCAUAUCCUUGCCUUGGGACCCGAAGCUCAAGAAGGCCAGGACUUAUCCUCUAAGCGGGCAGAGGGACGCAGACUCUUGGGGACCCAGCCGAGAGAUUUAAGGGAUGUGAAUGAUUAUGCAACUGAGAGUAUGACUUCUUUCCCCAAGGAAGCCUCUGCAGAUGUGGAGACCAACCAGGACAAUCUUAUGGCUGAGGCCUGUCACACUCUAGAGUGCCAGGAGACAGUGCCCCAGAACCUGGCAGACAGACAGGCAGGGACACUAGCUCCCUUGGAGCUCUGGUCUUGCCCCAUCGAGGGGGACCAUCUAGACAUGGUCCCCAAAUCCAGUGAACUGGGCAGCAGAGUGGAGGUGGAAUUUAGAUCAGAGCUCACUUCUUUGAUGUUGGGAACUGAACAAGCAGAAGAGAAGGAGGACACUUCUCUAGACACCUCUGCUCAGACCAGAUUUUGGCCUUCCUGUGAAGAGCACCCUGCAGAGACUAACCAGCUGCAGGACUCUGAAAGUGGAACCAUCAGGCAGGGGGAAGAGCUGCAGUCGGAAGAAAGUCAGGGGAGAGAAGGGGUCAUGUGUCCCCAGAAGGCCGAGGGGCAGGAGGAGCAGGGACAAGAAGAAGUGGGAGUUCAGGGGGAAGGAAGUCUGGGGGAGGAUGUUCAUACUGAUGGGCAUUUAGGGAAGCAGGAACAGAUGGGAGAGCAGGUUAGUGAUACAGAUGAAGAACAGAGGCAAAAACAGGAGCAGAUACAAGAUGAUGUGAUGCUUGCCGAACAAGAAGAAAGAGAGGGCCUUAAUGGGGAAUUGGGAAGUCUGAAUUACGGCGAGUGGGAGACGAGAACUCAGGGCCAGGCAGAUCUAGAACAGGGGGCACAGAGGCAGAGGGAGUUGAGCAGGCCAGAAGAGAGUAGGGUGGAUGUUCAGUAUGAGGAAAAUCAAAGUUUAGCGGGGAAAUCAGUGAAAGUAACUGGAAAGCAACAAGAGCAGUGUCUAUGGGGGAAAUUGAUGCCAGUUGAGGGCCAGGAGGAGGAGGUGGGGUCAAGUGAGGAGGAACUAUGGAAUUGGGAUUGGGAUGCACUGGGAGGAGCGGGAGAAGAAAGGAGUCCAGAAGAGGAGGAAGAGCAUGAUGAUUCUUCCACACUGACUCUGGUAGCCCCUGAGGUCUCUUCUCCCUGUGACUUGUUUCCAGACGCCUGUUAUCCCAUGAGCAGGAUUCCCGGGACCCACACAGAGCCUGGGGCUGAGGAAGUGUCCCCUGUAGCUCUGACUCCUACACUGGAGCCAAUAGGAUGGUCCCACCAGCCCGUUUCUGUACCUAGUUCCUUUCCUGCUGGGGAGUCACCUGACCAAGAAGCAACUGUGGACGGCCAGCAAGAAGGAUCCAAGCUGGGGAAGGGGACAGCAUCCAGCCAGAGGACUGAAGUGGUCUCUGCCAGGACAUUUGUGACUCCUCCAAGGACACCAGAUUCAGCUCCUUCCAGUCCUGCUGAAGUCUCCCCCAGCACCACUGCCUCAUCAUCUGCUAGCCCGCCAGUUGCCUUUCCCAGGAGGGAUCCAUCCAUUGCUGAAUGUUCUCCAGAAACCUCCAGAGCCUCUCUCUCAACCAACAACCCAUCUCCCUGUGUGGCUUCUGAGACUCCCCUGGUUUCCCUCCCUGGCUUCCCCUCUGCAGAGGCCACCCUGGACCCAUGUGCCAGCUCUGACUGGGCCAGCCCUCACAGCCCCCUAGCCAACUGCACAGGGGCUCUCCAACACGUAAGGAGCAACUCCUUCCCAGGCUCUCAUAGGACAGAGCUGAUUCCAGACCUUGUGGGACUAUCAUGUUCCUUCUCCCAUUCAGAGUUGCCCCAGAGGCCCCCCAAACCUGCCAUCUAUGGCUCUGUGAUCCCAAGAAGGGACAGGCGAAGCAGUAGGGACUGCAGUAUCCUUCCAGAAUCUUCUAGGUCAUUAUCCACUCCAGGGCAGGACUCUCAAGAAUUCACCUCAAAUCCAGAAAGGCCCAGCAGUCCCCACAGCAACCAGCGAUGGGGCUCCCCACAUAAUUCAGCCUUCGCCCCAGAGUCUCUUGCCUGUGCCUCUUCCCCACCCCUUGUCUCCAUAGAUAUGAGGAUCCAUGAACUUCCGCCCCCUCCUCCCCCAGAGAAGAGGCACGUCCACCCCUCCAUGGUGGAGAGGGAUGGCCGUGCAGUGGUCCCCACACUGAAGCAGUGUAGCCAUCCUCCUCCAUUAGCCCUAGGUUUAGGGCCACAUGACCCCCACAAAGGGCCACUUCCCCAAGUUCCUAACUCCCUUGUGGCAAGGCAGUACCGACCUCUGCCCUCUACUCCAGACACUCCCCUCCAUGCUCAGACCUCUUUCCCCGCCAGGCUGAGAUACAACAAGCCAUUACCCCCAACUCCUGACUUGUUGCAGCCCCACCAUUCUCCCAUUUCUUCUUCGAGUACCGCAAGGGUCUACAGACCUCUACCCCCUGUCCCUAUCAUGGAUCCUCCCACUGAACCACCCCCAUUACCCCCAAAGUCUAAAGGGAGGAGCAGGAGCACCCAGGGAGGACUCAUGAAUUCAGGAGUUCAAGCCAAGCCACGACCUCUUUGUCAAGAGUGGACCAUCUCCACUCCUCAUUCUGCCGGACGCACUUCCUGGCCCCCAGCCACAGGCAGGUCAACAGACUCUUUGGCCUCCACCAGUAGGAGUAAGAGUGAAGUGUCCCCUGGCAUGGCUUUCAGCAAUAUGACUGCCCUUAUAACUCCCUCUCCCCCAAGCACCCCCUGGACUCUGGAGCCCCAGGGACCCACCUCUGAACCAGGGCCCUCAGAAGGCUCUGAGACCCUGGCCAGAGGAUCUUUGAGAAGAACAUCCCAGCAGGAAGGAGCCAAUGGCCUGAGGAGGUCGGAUCUAGGCCAAGCAAGGCAGCCAGAAAAACCCAGCCAUCCCCAUCUGGAGAAGGCAUCCAGCUGGCCCCACAGGCGGGACCCAGGGAGACCACAGGAAGGCAGCAGUGGACAGACUGCCAUCCCUGAUGAGGGCUCAAAUAAGCACAAGGGCUGGAACCGGCAAGGCCUACGCAGACCUUCCAUCUUGCCCGAGGGCUCUUCAGAUAUAAGAGGUCCAGCCAUGGAAAGAUCCCCUGGCCUCUCAGACACCAUUGUUUUUCGGGAAAAAAAGCCAAAGGAGCUGAUGGGAGGCUUCUCAAGACGCCACUCGAAGCUCAUCAACUCCUCUCAGCUGCUUUACCAAGAGUACAGCGAUGUGGUUCUGAACAAGGAGAUUCAGAGCCAGCAGCGGCCAGACAGCCUGGCAGAGGCACAUGGGCACGCCUCCCUCCAGCAUCGCCGAAAGCCCCUGGCCUCCUCAGAGUCGUACCUGCAGCGCUUCUCCAUGGCCUCCAGUGGCUCCCUCUGGCAGGAAAUCCCCGUGGUGCGCAAUAGCACCGUGCUGCUCUCCAUGACCCACGAAGACCAAAAACUGCAAGAGGCCAAAUUUGAGCUGAUUGUGUCAGAAGCCUCAUACCUGCGCAGCCUACAUAUAGCAGUGGAUCAUUUCCAACGUUCAACCCAGCUCAAGGCCAUUCUUUCCAACCAGGAUCACCAAUGGCUCUUCUCUCGUUUACAGGAUGUGCAUGAUGUCAGCACCAUGUUCCUUUCAGACCUGGAAGAGAACUUCGAGAACAACAUCUUCACCUUCCAAGUGUGUGAUGUAGUCCUGAACCAUGCCCCCAACUUCCGCAGGGUCUACCUGCCUUAUGUCACCAACCAGACCUACCAGGAACGCACCUUCCAAAGACUGCUGAAUGCCAACAGCAGUUUCCGAGAGGUCCUGGAGAAGCUGGAGAGUGACCCCAUCUGCCAACGCCUUUCCCUCAAGUCCUUUCUGAUUCUGCCCUUCCAGCGCAUCACCCGUCUUAAACUGCUGCUUCAGAACAUUCUGAAGAGAACACAGCCCGGCUCUUCAGAGGAGGCAGAGGCCACGAAGGCACACCACGCCCUGGAGGAGCUGAUCCGAGACUGCAAUAACAAUGUCCAGAGGAUGCGACGGACAGAGGAGCUGAUCUACCUGAGCCAGAAGAUUGAGUUUGAAUGCAAAAUAUUCCCGCUUAUUUCACAGUCACGCUGGUUGGUGAAGAGUGGAGAACUGACGGCCCUUGAGUUCAGUGCCUCCCAGGGGCUACGGAGGAAACUGAACACACGUCCAGUCCACCUGCAUCUCUUCAACGACUGUCUGUUGCUGUCUCGGCCCCGAGAGGGUAGCCGAUUCCUGGUAUUUGACCAUGCUCCCUUCUCCUCUGUCCGCGGGGAAAAGUGUGAAAUGAAGCUACAUGGACCUCACAAAAACCUCUUCCGACUCUUCCUGCGGCAAAAUACACAGGGCACACAGGCCGAGUUCCUCCUCCGCACUGAGACUCAAAGUGAAAAGCUUCGAUGGAUCUCAGCCUUGACCAUGCCAAGAGAGGAGUUGGACCUUCUGGAGUGUUAUGACUCCCCGCAAGUACAGUGCCUUCGAGCCUACAAACCCCGAGAGAAUGACGAGUUGGCGCUAGAGAAGGCCGACGUGGUGAUGGUGACUCAGCAAAGCAGCGACGGCUGGCUGGAAGGCGUGAGACUCUCAGAUGGGGAGCAAGGCUGGUUCCCUCUGCAACAAGUGGAGUUCAUUUCCAACCCAGAGAUCCGUGCACAGAACCUAAAGGAAGCCCAGCGAGUCAAGACUGCCAAACUACAGCUAGUGGAACAGCAGACCUAGCUGUUCUCUGGGAAGAACACCCUGAGCUUAAGGACCACGUGUUCCUGGAGAGGGCUGGCCCCAGAACCCCGCGACAGAGGCCUUCUGUGCACCAAGAACUAGACCUUCUGAAAACCCACGGACAAAAUCCGGCUGCCCAUGCUGGUCCCAGGCCUCCUUUUUUGUGCUUUGUGCUUGGUGGGGAAAUUUUGAGGGACUUUGCACUGGACUAUGGGAACCUUUUCUCAUAGGAAAGGGACCAACGGGGUCUCAGCCAAGGAACUUUACUUGUACUACCAUAUAGUCCUUAAACACUCUCUGCUUCAGAGUGCAGAUUCAGAGCUAACCAGUUUCCAUCAUGGCCACGUGUUAAACAGAAUCUGACCUCAGUCCACUGGAGGGAGAUGUUGAAGGAGGAUUAACACAUCAGAUGGGAGGGUAAACCUUGUGACCUCUAAGGUAUCUUCCAACCCUAGAGAUUUUCCGUAAUUAUUGGUGUGAGGUCAGUGCAUGCAUCUCUGGAAUUUAUGUCUAUUGGUGGCGAUGUGAGGGUAAUACUCUCUCACUCUAAUAAACCUGGCACUUCUCUGA